UGUAAUGGGACAGACUGAAUCCUUAAAAAGUUCCUUCCUAAGUGGUAGAUGGCGUUACUAGUUGCCACAAAUACAUGUAUGAUUCAUAUCGGUGAGAGCUGUAUCGGUUGUGUGCUGUAUCGGUGAGAGCUGGUGAGUCGGUGGCGAGCUCGAUCGUGUUGACGUGUUUGUCCGGAGAUUUUUUUGAAAGUAAAGUAUUGCGACUGUUACUGUCUGCAUUGAGAAGAGGGUAAGAGCUGGUGAGAGCUGUGGUACAUGGUUACAGUUGAUUACAGGCAAUUACAGCAGGUUACAGUGGCAUGGGUGCGCGUCGACACGUAAAUUAUAUUCGAUUCAUCAGAACGUAAUUACUCAGAAUCCCCGAAUCACGUUAUCGUACAAUGAUCACCGGUCAUGGUAUCUUCAUAUAAAGGAAUUUAAGUUGAUUGCGGAUGAUACAUGUACCAGAAACGACUAUGUCUAAAAAAUGUGAAGUACGAAAUUGUACUUUUAACACAGAGAGAAAGUACCAUUUUCCAAAAUUAGUAGAAAGGUGUAAAAAAUGGAUAAGGGCGUGUGGCAACAAUAACUUAUUAAAAAUUCCUCAUCAAAAAUUGAGAGAAAAAGUUAUUUGUGAUGCCCAUUUUGAACAACGCUUCAAAUUGAGUAAAAGGCUUAGUAAUAUAGCCAUACCAACACUGUAUUUACCUGAUUUUAUUGAUAUAUCUAUCGAUGAUAUUCCAUCACUUUACAAUCCUGAAGAAAGUCAACAAAAAAAUAUAGAUUUGCCAGUUACAGCAACAGAUGUCGCAAAAACAUUAACAGAAUAUUUUGCUGAUUUGCCAGUUACAAAUGAUUUACAGUUUGAUGCUAAUGAGAUUGGACAGAUAGAACAAAUAGAUACAGCAUCUAUUAAUUACUCAAAUAUAGACACCGAAAAACCAAAUUGUUCAACACCAUUAGUUGAACAAAUGGGUCCAAUAACUUUGCAAGUUACAAGUGAUGAUUUACAGUUUGAUGCUAAUGAGAUUGGACAGAUAGAACAAAUAGAUACAGCAUCUAUUAAUUAUUCAAAUAUAGACACCGAAAAACCAAAUUGUUCAACACCAUUAGUUGAACAAAUGGGUCCAAUAACUUUGCAAGUUACAAGUGAUGAUUUACAGUUUGAUGCUGAGAUUGGACAGAUAGAACAAAUAGAUACAGACGGCGAAAAACAAAAUUGCUCAACAUUAGUUCCACAGUGUAAAUUGAAACGUAAAUUAUCAACUAAAAAUACAAUCAUUGCGGGAAAAAAGAAAGGUAAUAAACGUAAUAGAACUGAUUUAUAUUCUCAACCAUGGAGAUAUGAUUUAUAUUAAUCAUGAAGAUGUGAUUUAUAUUCUCAAUCAUGAAAUUGUAAUUUAUAUUUUCGAUCACAAAGCUGGUGACAUAUGACAUAUCUAAAGAUGUGACAUACCUAGACAGCACCAUGUCCAAAAUCGGGACGUAAGACGUCUUUUAGAUGUCUUUUAGCCAUCUUUUAGUAAGAUGUCUAAAAGAUGUCUAAAAGAUGUCUGAAAAUGUGACAUUACAUAUAAAAAAAUAUAUUUUGUAUUAU